CUUUCUUCACGUCACUCUCUUAAUCUUCGGCCAUUUCGGUUCCCGUCACUCUUUCCGGGACCAUUCCAUUCUUUCGGCUUCAUAUCCCAAAGGCCUGUCAAUUGUUGCUGGGUAGACUCCGCUAUUUCCAUUCGACCUCGCCAUUGUUCCUUGCAAGGGUCCCAGACACCAUUCUUUUCUUUCUGGAACUCGACGCCGUUCUCUCUCUUGGUUAUACUCCCUGUCCUUGCCUACCUUACCUUAGUUGAAUCAUCAAUCACCAAGCACCUGUACCUACUUCCAAACGAAUUCGACGAGCGCUCAUCGCCGCCGCUUCCUUCACGCUCAUUCUUCUCGAGUCCACCGCUCCUCAGCCCUGACUUCCUCGAGAGAGAGUCUGGCAAUCGUGUUGCUACACCUCGUCUAAUUGGAAGCAACUACCUGAGUCUAGGGCUCAUCCUAAGCAAACAUCUCAUUCGAAAUCACCACACGACAAUCGACUACAAACGACAUUCGACCUUGACGCGUACUCAAUCGCCAUGGCUACGGAGAUCGAGCAGCCGCUGGCUCUGACGGCGACAGUGGGCACGCCAACCGCUCCCAGCCCAACUGGAUCUGCCAUUCACCAAUCCGCGACAGCAUCCUCAGACGGUACUCCAGGUUCUGCCACAAGGCCCCUUCCUUCCCCUACCAGUGUCAAUGGCCAAGCCAAUGCUUCGCGCCGCCCACCGCGCAAGAGCACCCUCACGCAACAGCAGAAGAACCAGAAGCGGCAGAGGGCUACCCAGGACCAACUGACGACUCUGGAGAUGGAAUUCAACAAGAACCCGACUCCCACAGCCAGUGUCCGCGACAGAAUAGCCGAGGAGAUCAACAUGACGGAGCGCUCUGUUCAGAUUUGGUUCCAGAACAGGCGAGCCAAGAUCAAGAUGCUGGCCAAGAAGAGCCUCGAGACCGGCGAAGACAUUGAUUCGAUCCCCGAGUCAAUGCGACAAUACCUCGCGAUGCAGGCAAUGGAAUCCGGUAAAGGCUUUGCUGGCAGCUAUAUGGGACGCACAGGCCUCCUCCCCUUUGGUGGCGGCAACAUGCUGUUUGGCGGCGACCAGAGCGCGCAGGGCAAAGUUUUAAUUCAUCAUCUGACUUGUCGCUCGCUGAGCAUCGGCAAAUGGACGCGAGUCGGACAGAACACCAUGGAUCUCAUCAUCUUCUACUCACCGGACAAGUGCACCAUGACCUACUACAUUAACAACGAGCAGGCCGGGUACAAGAUCGAGUAUCCCUUCUCCCACAUCAAGAACAUCUGGCUGGAGAACGCGGACAAUGACAUGAAUAAGUUGGCGGGCAUCUUCAUUGAGCUCAACCAGCCGCCUUACUUCAUGAUGGAUGCGACCUCGUCGACCACGGGCUUUGACUACGUCAGUGACUUUACCGAGGAUCAACAGGCCUCGCAGUGCUUGCUGCAUCAUCUGGGCGGCAAUCCCAAGGUGCUGGCCAACCAGCUGGCCAAGCUCGUCUCUCUGGAAUCGUUCAUGAACCGCCACAAUCCCCACAGCAUCCGACAGGUUCACGCGUAUGCCGACCCCCAUGCCAUCUCUGCUUCGGCGCCAGUGUCUCCCACAGCUCGACCAUCGUCGCAGCCCAGCUUCGGCGCGCCACCCAUGGCCAUGGCUCAGCAGCAAUGGCAAAUGGCCAACAUGCACUCUGCGGCCGGCAUGCGUCCCCAGGGCCACAAGCGACAGCGUAGUCGCUCGGUUCCCGGCCCCAUUGAUUUUGCCAUGUUCCAGAACCAGCCGAUGCCAUCCUUCUACAUCCAGCCCCCUGGGGAGAUGGCUACGCAGCACAACCCCAACAUUUACGCGCCAGUGCCGCAGCAGCCAAACGUGGCACACAAUCUGAGGAUUGACACGCAGGCGGGCUUCGGCCUGGACAUGCGGCAAUACCCCAUGUCAGCCACGACUGCUUCGCCUUCCGAGUUCCCUCCAAGCCCAGGCUUUUUCCCUCCUGGCCCUGAGACCGCUCCCCUGGCGCCGUCAAACUACAGCACUCCCUAUGGUAACGCGUUCUUGUCGCCCAUGGUCAGCGCUGAAGCCAACAUGCCCACAGCCAUCUCUCCGCUCCCCUUCAACGGCCCUACCGAGCCGUCGAUUGUCGAGCAUUCGCCUCCCAUGUCGAUGAUGGGUCGUCCUGGAUCCUCGGAAAUGUACAUGGGUCAGGAUGGCUCGUGUGCUGUGUCGGAUGACGGCGCUAGCCUGAACGAGAUGUACUCUAAGCACUCCAUUAAUAUGCCACUGCACGAGCAUUCGCCUGGGAGCUAUGUGCAGCACUCCCAAGCCGACAUCGAUAUGGACCAGCUGGUGCACUUUGACGCCGUUGAUCCAGCCAGCUUGUCGCCGGAGACGAUGCAUCGAUGA